GGCACGUGGGCUGGAGACACUUCCUAGAAACGCGCGCGGGCUCAACCCUGCCUGAACUUUCCUGUAAACAGAGCGCUGACAGGCGGCAUCCCCGCUGGGUGGGUCCGGCGCUCCUGGCGCAAGUGCCACUUCUUGCUUUUAAUUAGCGAGGGGAGAGGCGACUAAGAAGAAGUAGCUGCUCGGCAAGUCAGUGCAGGAGGCUGACUUCUGCGAGGCUGGGGGAAGAGCCGGGGGAGGCUGCCGGGCUGCUCCGGCUGUUUUCUCAAUGAAUAGCUGGCGGGGAGACUGAAGGCAGACACAGCCUCCUCCUCCCUCCGCCGCCGGGCGACGGCGACAGCUCCAGCCGGGACCUGGCUCCCAAGACGCGCUCCUUGGAAUGCCCUCCUGUUCCGCGCUCCUGAACCACAGGUCCCGAGGAAGGAGAGGCUUUGCGGAUCCAGAUAUCGCCCGGAAAAUGACACUUGGGAAUGGUAUUUUCUGAUGACAGCCCCGUCUGUUUGUGACAAAGCCUGUCGUCCGCAGUUGCCCCUGGGGGGGGGAAGUCCUGAGUAAAACUCAGUCCUGCCUUAAAGUGAGGUUGCAGGGGCCACAGGAGAGCCAGAGCGCACCAUGUCACCGGCCGGACGCGUCCUCACCUUGCUGCUCUGGAGUCACCUGCUGGAGCUCUGGACCCCGGGUCACACCGCGGACCCGUCCUACCCCAGGCUACGCCUGUCUCAUAAAGAACUCUUGGAUCUGAACAGGACGGCGAUAUUUCACAGCCCCUUUGCAUCUCUGGACCUCCAUACGAUGCUUUUGGAUGAGUAUCAAGAGCGGCUCUUUGUGGGAGGCAGAGACCUUGUCUAUUCCCUGAACUUGGAACGAAUCAGUGAUGGCUACAGAGAGAUAUACUGGCCUAGUACUGCAGUGAAAGUAGAAGAAUGCAUAAUGAAAGGAAAAGACGCAAGUGAGUGUGCCAAUUACGUCCGGGUUUUGCACCACUACAACAGGACACACCUUCUGACCUGCGCCACAGGGGCCUUUGACCCACUCUGCGCCUUCAUCAGGGUGGGCUACCAUUCGGAGGAGCCCCUGUUUCACCUGGAGUCUCACAGAUCUGAGAGAGGAAGGGGCAGAUGUCCUUUUGACCCCAGCUCCUCCUUCGUCUCCACUCUAGUUGGUAGCGAACUGUUUGCUGGCCUCUACAGUGACUACUGGGGCAGAGACUCAGCGAUCUUCCGCAGCAUGGGGAAGCUGGGCCAUAUUCGCACAGAGCAUGACGAUGAACGGCUGCUCAAAGAACCGAAAUUUGUAGGCUCGUACAUGAUUCCUGAUAACGAAGACCGUGAUGACAACAAAAUGUACUUCUUUUUUACGGAGAAGGCGUUGGAGGCGGAGAACAAUGCCCACACCAUCUAUACCCGAGUGGGGCGGCUGUGCGUGAAUGACAUGGGAGGACAGAGAAUACUGGUGAAUAAGUGGAGCACAUUCCUGAAAGCAAGGCUGGUUUGCUCAGUACCAGGAAUGAAUGGAAUUGACACAUACUUUGAUGAACUAGAGGAUGUGUUUUUACUGCCUACCAGAGAUCCCAAGAAUCCAGUGAUAUUUGGACUGUUCAAUACUACCAGCAACAUAUUUAGAGGCCAUGCUAUAUGUGUCUAUCACAUGUCAAGUAUACGGGAAGCCUUUAAUGGCCCAUAUGCACAUAAAGAAGGCCCUGAAUACCACUGGUCACUGUAUGAAGGAAAAGUCCCUUACCCAAGGCCCGGAUCAUGUGCCAGCAAAGUGAAUGGAGGGAAGUAUGGAACCACCAAAGACUAUCCUGAUGAUGCCAUUCGAUUCGCAAGGACGCAUCCACUAAUGUAUCAGCCCAUAAAACCUGCUCAUAAAAAGCCAAUACUUGUGAAGACAGAUGGAAAGUAUAACCUGAAGCAACUAGCAGUAGAUCGAGUGGAAGCUGAAGAUGGCCAGUAUGAUGUUUUAUUUAUUGGGACAGAUACGGGAAUUGUGCUGAAAGUGAUCACAAUUUACAACCAAGAAACAGAGUGGAUGGAGGAAGUCAUUCUAGAGGAGCUUCAGAUAUUCAAGGAUCCAGUUCCUAUCAUUUCUAUGGAAAUUUCUUCAAAGAGACAACAGCUCUACAUUGGAUCCACCUCUGCAGUGGCACAAGUCAGAUUCCAUCACUGUGACAUGUACGGGAGCGCUUGUGCUGACUGCUGCCUGGCUCGAGACCCUUAUUGUGCGUGGGAUGGCAUUUCCUGCUCCAGGUACUACCCAACUGGCGCACACGCAAAGAGGCGUUUCCGCAGGCAGGACAUCAGACAUGGCAAUGCCGCCCAGCAGUGCUUCGGACAGCAGUUUGUUGGAGACGCGUUGGACAGGACUGAAGAGAGGCUGGUUUAUGGCAUAGAAAGCAACAGUACUUUGCUGGAAUGCACCCCACGGUCACUACAAGCAAAAGUCGUCUGGUUUGUACAGAAGGGACGUGACCUAAGAAAAGAAGAGGUGAAGGCGGACGACAGAGUGGUGAAGAUGGACUUGGGUUUACUCUUCCUCAGAGUGCGCAAGUCAGACGCUGGGACCUAUUUUUGCCAGACGGUAGAGCACAGCUUUGUCCACACGGUGCGGAAGAUCACCUUGGAGGUGGUGGAGGAGCAGAAAGUGGAGGGGAUGCUCCACAAGGACCACGAGGAGGAGAGGCAUCACAAGAUGCCCUGCCCUCCCCUCAGCGGCCUGCCUCAGGGGACGAAACCCUGGUACAAGGAGUUCUUGCAGCUGAUCGGCUACAGCAACUUCCAGAGGGUGGAAGAGUACUGCGAGAAGGUGUGGUGCACGGAGAAGAAGAGGAAAAAGCUCAAAAUGUCUCCCUCCAAGUGGAAGUACGCCAACCCGCAGGAGAAGAGGCUCCGCCCCAAGCCCGAGCACUUCCGCCUGCCGCGGCACACGCUGCUCUCCUGAGGGCGCCCUCUGCCGGCCGCUGCGAGCGGAAACGGUUACAGGCCACGCCUUUCCGGUUCCCCCGGGCGCUUUCUGUAGGACCGAGAGGCGGGAAAGGUGUUCUAAGUUAUUCUGCAUCCUCAUCCGACAGUGCAAACCCCUCACCGCGCUCGUGCUUAAAAGGCCUCCACGUCGUAUGCAUCAGCACGCGACCGUGGCCGCGAUUCUGAGUUUGCUUUUCAGGGAAAUCGCUUCUCCACUUGGGAUAGGUGUUCUGAUUAUAACAUUAAAGUAAAGGUUAUAGAUUUUCAUAAUCGAGAGGAAAAAAAAAAAAAAGCAAAGCUAAAUCAGCUCUGUCUUUCCGGAGUUUUCCUUGCAACCACGAGGUAAAAUGCACAGAAUAGCAAAUAAUUUAGGAUUCUCACGUGAGUUUUCUGAUCUGUUGCUGAUUUUUAUUUAAAGCCUUGAGUUUUAAGUAGUUGUGUUGUGGUCCUAUUAACUAACCAUAAAAUAAACCUGCGACCCACCCAUUCUAAGGCUUGUUUCCUUCAUGAAACACUCGCUGAACUAUGUUUAAAAUAUUUCUGUUUUAUAAACAAGGCAUAUCCUUUAAAUUUCACUUCAGUGUGGAAGGAAGGAAGGUAGCAUCUCAGAUAUUUUUAAAAAGUGCCCAAGCAUGAAAGCAGAUUUCUAAUCAGAAGGUCUGUGCUGCCCUCUUGUGGUAGAAGCAGGCAUUGUCUCUCAUAGUGCUGUUUCCAUGAUUGCCUUUCAAACGUUUGAAAAUAAAUUACGUGAGCAGAAUCAUCUAGUUUAUUUUCAGAAGACUCAAUUUAAAAAAAAAAAAAACAUAAUGACUUUUCAAUGCAGUGAAGAUAGUAACAGAAUUCGGGCUUUAAAAGGUAGGCUUUCAAACCUUCCCUGAGACAAAAAUAAAAAAUAAAAUAAAAACACUCUGGAAGUAUGUUUUACCCGUAAAGAAAUUAUCAAAGCAUUUUCUCUUAGAAACAAAAUCUUCCUGUUUUAUAUUUGCUUCUUGGAUUCAUUUUACUACUGACAUCUUCAGAGAAUCGUUAUCUUUGUCUUAUAAAUAUUACCAAAAUUUCUAUUUUUCAGAAUGUUUGUUUCUUGA